AUGAAAUUAAAUGAAAAUGAGACUUCGAGACGUGUGUUGUGUUGUGUUGUAGAGAAGAGAGUAUUUACUUGCUAAAUUAUGCGUUAACUCUCGUUUCAAGUAACAUGUAUAAAUUAUAGCAAGCUAAGCGGAAGCCUAAGCCUACUGGAAUCAAUAUUCAAUUGCUAGUGCAGCAAAUGUUGAUUCAGCACAAUGUACUUUCCAAUAGGAUGGCCCAAAGUUCUGAAAAAUCCCACAGCAGAUCAUCAAAUCAUUCAGAUUGUUUCAAACAGAGAUAAAAUAUUGUUCGCUUCGCUUAGCGAGGACUGUUUGAUGGUAUGGUUUUGUAAGCCAAGUGUACCUAUUGUGCAUCACAAGCGUAGCACUGAAUCCUUGCAGCGCCUUGGGGUUAAUGUUGGAGUGGAAUGGAAGCCAGACUCUUCAAUGAUAUGCAUUUCGACUUCAGAGGGACAUUUGAUUUUGUAUAAUGUGGAAGUAGUAAGUGACCAGACUGCAUACCAGCAGUAUGACCCUCCUACUGCUAGCCUCCGGAGAGACUCGGCUGAACUGUUUGUGAAGGAAGUCAUACCAUCUCUGAAGAUUACAUUGUUCAAAGAAGUGCUAGUAUGGGACGGUCAGAUCACGCGCAUGUGCUGUAUAUCAGGCACAGAAAUCUUGGUGUGCACAACUAGGGCACACUUGCUCCGUUACCGCUGGGACGGCUCGCAGAAUCGUGACUAUUGCCUCGACCUUGGAAGGAUACCCUUCUCUAUCAACCAACAAGUCUCUAAAGCGGAACCCAUCCUAGAAGACAACACGCACGUAAACGAUAUAGAGUAUUCGCCGCUAGUGUGCGGGUUCGGAAUAACCCUUAACGACGGGCGCGCGGCCUACCUCACUGCGCCUAACCUUAAAUUUGAUCCGAAUGCGGUUCAGGGUAUCUGGGCACCUGCCAUAGAUGACGCGACGUGCGUGCGCGUCAAUCAUAAAUUUAGACUUAUCGCCAUUGGUAGAAAGAAUUCACAAGUAGAUGUAUAUACGAUCGACGAGGCGACAGGAGGUUUAGAGCUUUCUCACACAAUGGUGCUAAGUUCCAAAGAUUUCCCGGGUGACCCCGGACCCGUUAAAUGUAUAAGGUGGACGGCCGACGGCCGAGCAGUAGCAGUGAGUUGGGAGAAGGGUGGAAUCUCAGUGUGGAGUACUUUUGGAGCGUUACUCAUGUGCUCUCUAGCUUGGGACUACGGCUUAAACCAGGAUCUAAGCAAGCAUAACCCACUCUGCGUGUCCAGCAUGGAAUGGGCCACAGAAGGUUAUCAGUUGUGGAUGGUGAAAGUUGAAGCCGACUCGAAUACUAAUCUAAUACAACUGGACUUCAUCAAGAGUCCACUCAGUGUCAACCCUUGUAUGAGCAACCAACGGCACCUUUACCUACAAGCGGACGACAAGCUAUACGUCAACCUAGAAGACAAUCUGACGAAGCGGACCAAGAUGUCCAUCAUAGACUCCUCCGCCGAGACCUAUCAAGAGACCGGACUCGACCAGCCGAGUCCCGAGUAUGACACCAGCGCUAAAUACAGAGAAUACGUCGAUGACAACGAGUGCAGAAAGCAGUGGAUUGUGCUGCCACUGCCGGCUACGUAUAUUGCAACAAAUUGGCCACUGAGAUACAGCGCCAUAGACGAGACCGGAGUGAACGUGUGCGUAGCAGGCCGAGCCGGCCUCGCGCACUACAGCUGCGCCGCGCGCCGCUGGAAACUGUUCGGCAACGAGUCGCAGGAGAAGGAGUUCACCGUCACCGGCGGCAUGCUGUGGUGGCGCGACUACAUCGUCAUAGGCUGCUACAGUAUCGUGGACGGACACGACGAGAUCCGCUUUUACCCGCGUGACUCCAAGUUGGAUAACCGAUUCGCGAAGAUUGUCCGAGUGCAUUGCCAGGUUUUCGUGUUGGACGCGCUGGAUGAUCAGCUGGUCGUGUUCGGAGCUGACGCGCUGGUCACCAUUUACGAGCUGAGCUGUACUGAUAACACUGGUAACAUCGAAAUGCGCUGCGUGCAGGCCGUGGACGUGUCCGCUCUGUCGCACCCGGCGUGCGUGGUGUCGGCGUCGCUCUGCCGUCUGCAGGACUGCCAGCGCCAGCCCGCCGUGCAGCAGCCCGACUCGCUGGUACUGAAUGCAAGCGGUCGCCUCAUGAUGGUUCAGAGGGAAGAAUACGACGUAGAUGAAGGCAACAAUCCGGCAUACAGCUGCCUUCCAGCAACAGUGCUCGCGUCUUGCGUCGAGAGCGUCUGGUCCUGCGGCGGCGGCAGCAAGGCCCAGACACAACUAUCCCGAGCGCUCUGGCUGUGGUGCGGCGCUCUCGGCGCGCGAGUAUGGCUGCCCUUGCUACCGCGGGACGCGACCAGACACCCCGACUCGUCGCGUCACACGUUCAUGGCUAAACGGAUCAUGCUGCCCUUCCAUCUCAACAUAUAUCCACUAACGAUCCUAUUUGACGACGCGAUCCUCCUCGGAGCCGAGAACGACACGACGCUCUACACGUCGGACUCCAACUCCGUGUUCUCACUGCCGUUCUGCGUCGUCAACAGAACCAGCCAAGUGUACCUACAUCAGAUAUUGCGGCAACUACUGCGGAGGAAUCUGGGCUACCACGCGUGGGAGAUCGCGCGGUCGUGUGCCCAACUACCCUAUUUUCCCCAUUCUUUGGAACUGCUGCUGCACGAGGUUCUGGAAGAAGAGGCAACGAGUAAGGAGCCAAUACCGGACGCACAACUACCGAGUAUUAUUGAGUUUGUUCACGAGUUCCCUGUUUAUUUACAGACUGUAGUCCAAUGCGCGAGGAAGACUGAAAUAGCGCUAUGGGCGUACCUAUUCUCGGCGGCAGGGAAACCUAAGGAACUGUUCCAAGAAUGCCUGCAACGGAAGAUGCUCGAUACAGCUGCGUCGUACCUCAUUAUAUUACAAAAUUUGGAGAGUUCAGCAGUCAGCAGACACCUGGCCACGCAGCUGCUGGACACGGCGCUGCAGCACGAGCGCUGGGACCUGGCGAGGGACCUGGUGCGCUUCCUCAGGGCUAUAGAUCCAAAUGACGUGGAUUCGCCGCGCAACUCGGUGAACGUGCAGGCCAAGUACGGGCAGAUCGUGCAGUCGCAGACCGUCACCCCCAACGCGGAGGACCUCUCCGUCAUACUGGGCAGCAUGCAGCUGGCAGGCGGUCGCGGCCGCAGCUUCAGCACCACGACCACGCCGCGAGCGGAGGCGGAGGCGCCCGCGCCGCCGGCCCCCGCGCCCGCGCCGCCCGCGAGGGCCACCGCCGCAGUCAAGCGGAAGAAGUCCGUGCCCACAAGGAGUGACAAAGAAAGCUACAGCGGCACAGCGGAAGAGUUCUUCAUCGACAUGAUGAUCCAGCGACACGCCCGCCUCCUCCUGUCCACCGCGCGUCUCCACGCUCUAGGCAAGAUGGCGGCCGCGCUCGACUUGCACCUGGUGGCGUGGCUCGCGGGGGAGAGGGAGAGGGCGGCUAGGGUGGAUAGCGCUGUCCUGUGCUUACGCCGGUUACAUGAAGACUUCGCCUGGCCUUAUCCGGUGUUGCAGGACGCUGACGAGUACAUGCAGCGGAAAGGAAGUACUGUUACCAGUUCAUACACUCCAUCAGCGGACUCGGACAGCCUAUGCGGAGACAGCGGCUACAUGAGUUUGCCAAUGCGCGCGGCUCUGCCCGCGGGCGGCGUGCCCGUCAGUCCGGGGCCCGUCAGUUCUGCGGGCGAAGGCAGCGUGGCGGAAGGCGGAGCAGUGUCCUGGGGUGAGAACGGCGAGGAGCGGCGCUACGCCGCGCUCAUGGAGCGGCUGCACCACAGCCAGGUCGAGCGCGGGAGUCACACGGCGCAUGUGCAGUUAAGAUACUUCCUCCAACUGAUGACCGAAGCGAGCUGCGUAGAAUGGGCGCUAGUAAUAGCUGUAGCGCUACGAGACGCGCUCGCAGUGCUGCGCACGUGCAACGCGGCGCGGACACCCGACGUCAACAUAGCCGCCGUCAAGCGGCUCAAGACCGCGCUGCAGCACAUAUACGCGUGGAGCGACAACGAGUGCCUGGGCUACAAACCCUUCAUGGUAGCGAUCAGCAACCAGAUCCCCUUCCUAACCUCCAUCAUCAACACCCGCGAACGCCGCAUGUCCAUGGUCAAGACCCGCGUCCGGACCGCCAGCACCGGCUCCCUCCAAGACCAGAAGCCCAAACCCCCUCCGGAGCCGAAGCCUCUGCAGAAAGCCCAGGAAAUCAAGCAAACUGUAAGAAAGGAGUCUCCCAGUUCGCGGGUUUCUGUCCCCGAUGUGGUGGCCAGUGUGAGGGCUAAUGUAACCGUGCCUGCCCCGCCGCCGCCGCCUGAGGACCCGCCUUCCAAUUGCGUGCUCAUGUAAACACGGUAGGAAUGUGCGUGAACAUUUGAUAUGCAAUAUUGACUAAUGCUAAAUUGUUUCGGUAGUGAGCGUAAAUGCGUUCCAAAGUUUGCUGAACCUGAAAGAAAACUAUAUGCUGAAGUAGAUAUGCAAAUUUCGACCUUAUUAGGAAAAGUUAUGGUCGAGAUUUGCUUGAAUUGUUUCGUGUAUAGUCUCUACCGAAAUGGCUGUCGCCAUAGGGAUGGUUCACGCUCGGUUAGACAAUAGACUAGCGGGUUUUACAAUCAAUGGUUGAAUCAUACCCAAAGUAAAGACAUUAUAUGUGGCGCUAACAUAAUAUUUGGUAGAACCUCCGAUAAACCUGAGACGACUCUACUCUCAAUUUUUUUUGUGGCAUAGAACAUAUUUACAACUCAAUCACAUUUUACAAUGUAAUUUUUCCAUAUUUUAGCCCUGUAGAGUCAAACCAAGAUAAGUUGGUAGCGAUUUUGACAGCCCAGACGGUGCACGGGUAAUUUUAAACGUCUAACUUCUAUGAAAUUAUGACGUUUACAUGACACUUGUACCGUCUGGACUGACAAAAUCGCUGGCAACUUUUCUAUGUCUACUGGAAAAUAACGUUAGGAGUUAGCACCACUUAUAAUGUAUUUGUGAUAAGUUCCCUUGGUGAUGUGAGAUUGUAUGUGUUACUUAUAAAAUAUAGUUGAAUUGUGUAAUAGUUGAAAUUUUACGACGGUUUUAUACCAUUGCCAAAUUGUAUGUUUUAACCCUUGAAAGAGGUCUAGCAAGUAAUUUGACAAACCAGCGGGAUGCUCGGAUGUGUAUAUGGUUAUUACGAAAUGUUAAAAAUGAAAUUUUAUCUCAAUUGUCAAUAUUUGAACUCUAGGUGGUGAACGAAACUGCCAUGUUUACUCAUUAUUAAUACUUAUUACUUACUUUAAUCCUGACUUAAAACACAAGUUCACGUACGUUUUAAAGUAUUUGGCAUAGUCUUAUCCUGAACACCUGUUUUACUGAUCUAUUGUUUGAUAUUGUUGUAGUCUUUUAAAAGCAUUGAUUUCGAACAAUGAAUCGCCAUCGCCUAUAUAAGAGUAUAAAUUGUUAUACGUGAUGAAUAUGCGAUGUAAGGGAUAAAAAAAUUACAUGCCUUAGUGCCAGGAAUAGUCUUGUACAUGUUAGUUCAGGGGUCGGUAAGCCGCGGUUUGCGAGCCGCAUGCGUUCCUUUGAAACUGCAAUUGCGUCUCCUCAUGACGAUCAAACAAUGACCACUUAAGCCGCGGACUGGACGAACGCAGCGAGGCGCGCGCGGCGGCGGGCCGCCGCUGUCGUCCAAAACAGUCUCAUUCAAAUCCAUACAUUUUGAUCGGAACCGGGCGCCUGCGUCGAGCCCGCGGCCUGAGAGGACUUAGAGUAAUCAACUUUUGUUGCUGUUUGACAUUCCUAAAACUGAUGCUUUCUACUGUGCAUAGUUCGUUUUUUUAGCAUUAGAGAAAAGGCAAACAAUCUCGACAGGUGUUUUUAUUGAAAAAACCGCUUUUUAAAUCAGUAACUAUGUAUCACUUAUGAAAGCAAAAAAAAUGUAAAUGAUCGUAUAUGAUUUUGUUACAUAUAUGACGUGAAUUAUUUUUCAAAAGUGUUUUCCAAUAAAAAGACACGACUAAAUCGCUUAUAUUCUUUCUAAUGCUAAAAAAACGUACUAUAGGAGGCUCUUCUAUUUCAAAAGUUUGCAGACCCCUGCGUUAGGUUCGUUGGAUAUGGUUAGGUAGGUGGCAUUGGCAAUUCACGGGUAAAAUACCAAUAAGGUAAGUUUUAAAUAACUAAGGUCCGUCAGGCAAAUGUGAAACAAUCAUGUAAAAUAAUUUGUACAUGCUGAAACAGUUUCAUAUCAUUUAUUAUGAAUUAUUGUAUGUAUAAUUUAAUUAAUUAUUAAUUCCAAUUAUUUUGUCCAUUUGGUGCUGUAUUGUCACAUAUAUUAUUCAAUAUCUCAAUACAUUUUAAUUUAUUUAAUUAUUACUAGUCUCGUUAUAAUGGUUAUUAUUCAAUAUUUUUAUUUACAUAUCAUUUAUUUACUAAAUUCAUUAAAUCGAAAUUAAUAGUGUUAAGUAGCCAUAAAUUACGAUUAGGAAAAUAAUAUUUAAAAAAAAACAUAACAUUGAAUUUAAUUGGUCUUCCGUCUCGAUAAUACUGAAUGGUAAAAUAUCAAUCAAUUUUAUGUUUGCCUUUAAAUAUUACAUAAUAACAAUUUGAGCUAUGUAAAGGCGCGUUCAGAUCUGCUGAAAACGAAGCUUGCGCGCGAUUCGUGAACCGAAUCUUUUUGUAAGGUAAUCGUUCACGAAUUAGCAUCACGUUAACUAGAUCUGGGCUAUAACCGCGAAAAUAGAAGUUCGUCAAUUGCGGGCAUAUUUUUCUGCCACUCUAAUUACGUCUUAGUGGGAGUAAAAGAGAAAGAUGAUUGAAAGAAAUUGCGGGGAUUUGCGAAUUUCUGUUUUCGCGGUAGGCCCCAUGUAAUCAGAAAUGUAACCCCAAAUAUCUUACGAGUUGUAUCCAAUCUUCACGUAAGGCCAGCCAUUCAAGAAAAAAAUCCAAAAUUUGUUAGUGAAAUUUGAAUCUGCCGUUUAGAAAACAGAGUUUAUUUUGUUCCAAUUGAAAAUGAUUUAAAGGACUAUGCGUUAAAAUGGUCCAAAAACCAACAGAGUUGAGAAUUAGAUUAGAUCACUAGAUAUAGAUAGGUAAUUCUAUCUACCUAAUUUCGUUUUAUUAGUGCCCAAGCGGAAUUCCAUUGCAGAACUGAGAUAUUUGUAUUUUAUUCAAAAUGUCAUCACCCUUAUUACUUAGACAAUAGAGUUCACCACUGGGCGCGCACGGCGAAUGGUUUGCCGCAGCCGCCGUUUACCCUGCAGCAAUUGCUUUACUUACUUGGACUCUAUUGCCUAGGUAAUAAGGGUGAUGACAUUUUGACUAAAAUACAAAUAUCUCAGUACUCAUUUCUGUUGGUUCUGGACAACUCUCUGAACCUUAAGAGGAUAAAUCUAUUUUUGUUCUUCAUGUCAAAAUAAACUAACCUUUAUGCAAAUUUAAUAUCGAAUAGAAAUAAUAAAUAGUCUUCGUUUUUCAUGUUAGACUUAUCAUUAUCUAGAUAAUUUGCUCAUUAUUUUUCAUUGACAGGUAUUUACUUACUGAUAUUUUAUGUUGCUCAAUGGAAUGUAAAAAAUCUCAUCAAAUGUUUAUUUAAAUUUAAGAUGAAUAUUUAUUUUAACUUCCCAAUUCCCACCAUUAUGGUGCCAAUAUCUUUAAUAGGCUUUUUUAAAAUAUCGAAUUAUUAAUAUUGCAGUACAAAUUACUUGUUUUAAUUUACCUGUAUUAAAAAGAACUAGGGAGAAAGCUGGCAACUAAUAUGAACUUAAAUAAUCAUUCUAUACAAUCUAAUUAAUAUACCAUUGUCAACCUUAUUAUAGCUGAGUAAGGUUGGCAUUUCGAUGUGCAGUAAAAUACGUGCAGCUAUUAAAACUACUUUUGUAGUGAAAGUAUUGUGAAGCCAAGCUUUCUUCUAUGUUUAGAUGCGUGGCAAAACUAGGGAAGCGCUAUUAUUAUAGUAUUGGUCGGCUAUGCGAAGUUAAUGGUGGGGGAAAUACAAGCGACGCCAACGUACGACCUGGUGAAAAUAUUAACUUUCGUGGGAGGACAUGUCUAUUCUAUUUAGCAGCAGCCAACUGUAAAAUAAGUUAUAUGCCCCACACCCACUAGGGCGGCGCCACAGUCAUGCACGAAGCUAAUAGGGCUUAUUGGCCCAUUUUUGAUUUUUUUUGAUAGCGUUUAGAAAUCAAAUCAUCAUUAGACAUCAAUCGUUUAGUGGUGUAAAGCCCUUUUUCACUUGGAUAACCGAUAUUACUUAUUGCUUCUUAGUUUUGCCAUUGAUGCGCAAUGCGCAAUUAUUUUUAACCUAUAAAUAUUAAUUUUAUUAUUUUUAAAUGUAACCAUAAUGAUCAUUACUUAAUAUAAUCAAGUUUCCUUAGGUAGUACCGAAAUUGAAGUCAUUUAUUUGUUCAAAAUUGUAUAAUUAUUUAGUCUCAAAUGAUAACUAUUUAUAAUAUUAGUCUAUUUAGGUCUAGAGAAAUCGAUAACAUUCCUUUUUUGGUAGAGAAAUAAAAAUACAUGUCAAGUCAAUUAUAUAAUUAUGGUGGCGACACACUUUGCCCCAUUUGCCGAAAUAUUGCAUUCCUUUCCCUAUUUCGGAAAUAUAGUGACGCAGCCAUAGGCGCGCAGAUGCCAAAGCGAAAUGCGUUGGGGGCAAUAAACGAAAUUCAAUGAUUUUAUUAAGCAAUACACAAGAUCUAAGGUGCUAUUAACCUUAAGAUGAUUUAUACUUAAUACAACAGGAGUAUUCUACCAGAUUGUCGCUUACGACUCAUACUCUUUUCAAAAGUAGAAUUGGUUGUUAUUACUUUUUUUUAAAGAAGAGUGUGUAGUUCGUGUAAUCCACGAUGACGCGCAGAUUUGUCAAAUCUAACCUUUAAUAACAUCACAUUACGAGUCAAGGCACGCAUCGUCGUUAAUGACACGAUCUAUAUUCUUCUAAAGUAAAUAUGAACAUACAGGAAAACGGCUUUAUGGCAUUUUCGGAUAACAAAAAAGUAUCAAAAGUGACAGCUAGUGGAAUCGGAGCCCUAUUUAGAAAGCAACAAGUUGCAAAAACGGCUUGAUUUUACAACAGAAAACCGUUGCCGUGAACCAAUGGUAAGGGAUCUAUCAACCAAUGUUGGUUUACAAUUAUAGAAUUGUAACUUGUAGAUUUAUAAAAUAGGACUAGGACCCUGCUUUGCUGAUUUGGUCAUGCAUUAUACUUGACGCACCGAAUGAUGAUCCCUAUGACAGCUCAUUUUUGUAUGGAGUAACUGCCAAUGUUACUUUAACACAUUUUAUCUUAUUUUGAAAUGUAUCAAUUAAGUAAUAAAAAUACAAUAAAACCUAUUUCUUUAAUUUUUUUUUAAAUUAGGUCUAUCCAAAAAUUUUUUGGAGCGACUAUCAUACAGAUCAUCAUUCGCCGCGUCAGGUAGGUACAAUUUAUUUUUUACGUUAUAUAGGUAUUAUACUCAAAUGUAUUUUUUUUUGUGUACAAAUCUUUAUACAUGUGUUUUUAAAUUCACUAAAUAGAAUUACAUGUUUGUCAAUUUCUAUUGUAAGUCAAAAUUUAGUUCAAUUUUUUAUUAAGAACGCGCUUUUCUUAUGAUGAAACAUAUUUUAUGAAUGAAUCGUCCACUGUACAUUUCAUUAUUGCAUGAAUAUUUGUAAGAUAACAAGAAUCAUGGAAAUAGGUAGAUGCCAAAACUUAACAAUAAAAUAUAAUAUAUGUUAAACCUUCGGUUAUACAGUACGUAUCGAAAAACACCGAUUAAUCCCUCAUAAAUUAGCGCAAAAUUUCGCCGUUAUGGAAAGUAAUAGUUUACAUGUUUGAUAUCGUUACCAUGAUUUUUUGGUACUCAAAAGCGACAGUGAUCCAAUGGCUUGUAGAUGUAGGUACAAAGCUAUGCAAUAGAAUUUUAUAUGUGGUGUUUUGUAAGUAUUCAUUAUUUUUUUGUAUAUAUUUCUCACUUAUUAGACGUAAAAGGAAUAAAUCUACAUUUAUCCUAUUAA